GUAGUGCGAUCAUGGCCUCUGCUAGGAGAGAAUGUCCGCCCGUCUCAGGGUGGCUGCAAUGUGGGUGGGUGGAGGAGACAUCAAAGCCCGGAUGGGUUUGUGCUGUAAAGUGAAACUACCGAGGAGGGGCACCUCUGCAGCAGCCAGAGGAAGGCGGAGGGAGCGAGCGGCGGGAUGGAGGCAUCUCAGGAGUUGGCAUCCUUUGGAAGAGUUCGUGAAACCUUUCUGCCCAGAGCUCCUGGACCAAUGCAUCUUCCCACCACCUUAAACCACUGAGCAGUUCAGCGCCCCAGUUGCAGACAACUUGUCCUGCCACCACCAUGAGUUCUGAAUGUGAUGGUGGUUCCAAAGCUGUGGUGAAUGGCUUGGCACCUGGCAGCAAUGGGCAAGACAAAGCAACUGCCGACCCUUUACGCGCACGCUCUAUUUCUGCUGUUAAAAUCAUUCCUGUGAAGACAGUGAAAAACGCCUCAGGCCUAGUUCUCCCUACAGACAUGGAUCCUACAAAAAUCUGCACUGGGAAGGGAGCGGUGACUCUCCGGGCCUCGUCUUCCUACAGGGAAACCCCAAGCAGUAGCCCUGCGAGCCCUCAGGAAACCCCGCAACACGAAAGCAAACCAGGUCUGGAGCCAGAGCCUUCUUCAGCAGAUGAGUGGAGGCUUUCUUCCAGUGCUGAUGCCAAUGGAAAUGCCCAGCCCUCUUCACUCGCUGCCAAGGGCUACAGAAGUGUGCAUCCCAACCUUCCUUCCGACAAGUCCCAGGAUGCCACUUCCUCCAGUGCAGCCCAGCCGGAGGUAAUAGUUGUCCCUCUCUACCUGGUUAAUACUGACAGAGGGCAAGAAGGCACUGCCAGACCUCCAGCACCUCUGGGGCCUCUUGGCUGCGUCCCCACAAUCCCAGCGACCGCCUCUGCCGCCUCACCUCUGACCUUCCCGACUCUAGAUGAUUUCAUUCCCCCUCAUCUGCAGAGGUGGCCCCACCACAGCCAGCCAGCCCGCGCCUCUGGCUCCUUUGCCCCCAUUAGCCAGACGCCACCAUCCUUCUCACCACCACCUCCGCUGGUCCCUCCUGCCCCGGAGGACCUCCGCAGAGUCUCGGAGCCUGACCUCACGGGAGCUGUUUCAAGUACCGAUUCCAGUCCUCUACUAAAUGAAGUUUCUUCUUCCCUUAUUGGAACUGAUUCCCAAGCCUUUCCACCAGUUAGCAAGCCUUCAUCCGCCUAUCCCUCCACAACGAUUGUCAAUCCUACUAUUGUGCUCUUGCAACACAAUCGAGAACAGCAAAAACGACUCAGUAGCCUUUCAGAUCCUGUCUCAGAAAGAAGAGUGGGAGAGCAGGACUCAGCACCAACCCAGGAAAAACCCACCUCACCUGGCAAGGCUGCUGAAAAAAGAGCAAAGGAUGACAGUAGGCGGGUGGUGAAGAGCACUCAGGACCUAAGCGAUGUUUCCAUGGAUGAAGUGGGCAUCCCACUCCGGAACACUGAGAGAUCAAAAGACUGGUACAAGACUAUGUUUAAACAGAUCCACAAACUAAACAGAGACACUCCUGAAGAAAACCCUUAUUUCCCUACGUACAAAUUCCCUGAACUUCCUGAAAUCCAGCAAACUUCCGAAGAGGACAAUCCUUACACUCCCACCUACCAGUUUCCUGCAUCUACUCCUAGUCCUAAAUCUGAAGAUGAUGAUUCAGAUCUGUACUCUCCCAGAUACUCGUUUUCUGAAGACACAAAAUCUCCCCUUUCUGUGCCUCGCUCAAAAAGUGAGAUGAGCUACAUUGAUGGUGAGAAGGUAGUCAAGAGGUCGGCCACACUACCCCUCCCAGCCCGCUCUUCCUCACUGAAGUCAAGUCCAGAAAGAAAUGACUGGGAACCCCCAGAUAAGAAAGUAGAUACAAGAAAAUAUCGUGCAGAGCCCAAAAGCAUUUACGAAUAUCAGCCGGGCAAGUCUUCCGUUCUGACCAACGAAAAGAUGAGUCGGGAUAUAAGCCCAGAAGAGAUAGAUUUAAAGAAUGAACCUUGGUAUAAAUUCUUUUCGGAAUUGGAGUUUGGGAAACCGCCUCCCAAAAAGAUAUGGGAUUAUACUCCUGGAGACUGCUCUAUCCUUCCUAGAGAGGAUAGAAAGACUAAUCUAGACAAAGAUCUCAGCCUCUGCCAGACAGAGUUAGAGGCAGAUUUAGAAAAAAUGGAGACGCUUAAUAAAGCACCCAGUGCAAACGUGCCACAGAGCUCAGCCAUCAGCCCUACUCCGGAAAUUUCUUCAGAGACUCCUGGAUAUAUAUAUUCUUCCAACUUCCAUGCAGUGAAGAGGGAAUCAGAUGGGGCUCCUGGGGAUCUCACUAGCUUGGAGAAUGAGAGACAAAUUUAUAAAAGUGUCUUGGAAGGUGGUGACAUCCCUCUUCAGGGCCUGAGUGGGCUCAAGCGACCAUCCAGCUCUGCUUCCACUAAAGAUUCAGAAUCGCCAAGACAUUUUAUACCAGCUGAUUACUUGGAAUCCACAGAAGAAUUUGUUCGAAGACGUCAUGAUGAUAAAGAGAAACUUUUAGCGGACCAGAGACGACUUAAGCGCGAGCAAGAAGAGGCUGAUAUUGCAGCUCGACGCCACACAGGCGUCAUUCCGACGCACCAUCAGUUUAUCACUAAUGAGCGCUUUGGGGACCUCCUCAAUAUAGACGAUACUGCAAAAAGGAAAUCUGGGUCAGAGAUGAGACCUGCCAGAGCCAAAUUUGACUUUAAAGCUCAGACACUAAAGGAGCUUCCUCUGCAGAAGGGAGAUAUUGUUUACAUUUAUAAGCAAAUUGAUCAGAACUGGUAUGAAGGAGAACACCACGGCCGGGUGGGAAUCUUCCCACGCACCUACAUCGAGCUUCUUCCUCCUGCUGAGAAGGCUCAGCCCAAAAAGUUGACACCAGUGCAGGUUUUGGAAUAUGGAGAAGCUAUUGCUAAGUUUAACUUUAAUGGUGAUACACAAGUAGAAAUGUCCUUCAGAAAGGGUGAGAGGAUCACACUGCUCCGGCAGGUUGAUGAGAACUGGUACGAAGGGAGGAUCCCGGGGACAUCCCGACAAGGCAUCUUCCCCAUCACCUAUGUGGAUGUGAUCAAGCGACCACUGGUGAAAAACCCUGUGGAUUACAUGGACCUGCCUUUCUCCUCCCCAAGUCGCAGUGCCACUGCAAGCCCACAGUUUUCCAGUCACAGCAAGCUCAUCACGCCAGCCCCCUCAUCUCUGCCCCACUCCCGCCGAGCCCUGUCCCCCGAGAUGCACGCUGUCACCUCUGAGUGGAUCUCACUGACUGUGGGGGUCCCAGGCAGGCGUUCUCUGGCCCUGACCCCACCCUUGCCUCCUCUGCCAGAGGCUUCUAUCUAUAACACUGACCACCUCGCCUUGUCACCGAGGGCCAGUCCCUCCCUGUCUCUCAGCCUCCCCCAUUUGAGUUGGUCAGAUCGUCCCACCCCACGAUCAGUAGCUUCUCCACUGGCUCUACCUUCCCCACACAAAACCUACUCUCUAGCAGCCACUUCCCAGGCCUCCCUUCACAUGAAUGGAGACGGUGGUGUCCACACGCCAUCUUCAGGCAUCCACCAAGAUAGCUUCUUGCAGCUGCCGCUGGAGAGCUCUGAUAGUGUCAUCUCCCAGCUUAGUGAUGCCUUUAGCAGCCAGAGCAAGAGGCAGCCAUGGCGCGAAGAGAGUGGACAAUAUGAGAGGAAAGCAGAGAGGGAGGCAGGCGAAAGAGGCCCUGGUGGACCCAAGAUCUCUAAGAAGAGCUGCUUGAAGCCUUCAGACGUGGUCAGGUGCCUGAGUACUGAACAGAGACUCUCAGAUCUCAACACCCCUGAGGAGAGCCGGCCUGGCAAGCCCCUGGGUAGCGCUUUUCCAGGAAGUGAGGCUGAGCAGACAGAGCGGCAUAGAGGUGGCGAGCAGGCGGGGAGGAAAGCUGCUCGGAGAGGUGGGAGCCAGGAAGCGGUUUGCAAUGAGAUCAUAAACAUUGCCGAAAAAUCUGUUCAUUACUGCAGCACUGUUUCUCAUCCCCUUGACUUUCAUCACAAGGUAUCCCCUUCUGACAAUAAAUCAUCUUUAAUCAUUUCUCAGCAACCUCAAGCCCAGCAGCGAAGAGUCACCCCCGACAGGAGUCAAACCUCACAGGAUUUAUUUAGCUAUCAAGCAUUAUAUAGCUAUAUACCACAGAAUGAUGAUGAGUUGGAACUCCGCGAUGGAGAUAUCGUUGAUGUCAUGGAAAAAUGUGAUGAUGGAUGGUUUGUUGGUACUUCAAGAAGGACAAGGCAGUUUGGUACUUUUCCAGGCAACUAUGUAAAACCUUUGUAUCUGUAAGAAGACUGAAAACCAUGGAGAUUAUUUUUAUUGGAGGAUGAAGCGUCAUUCAUGAACUGAUCUUUUUAGUUGAGUCAGUAGGAAAAUUAAUACAGUGGAUAAAGUAAGAAGCAAAAGACAGGGACAGAGAAGUGUUGUGUUUAAAACCCAAGCCUGUCUAAGGUUACUGUGUGUUAGACAGGGCCGAACUAGUGUGCUGAGCAAAAAUAAUUGAAGCAAAUUGUAUUUACUUAGCCGCUUCUGGGAGCCACUUCAGCCUUUCCCGUCCCCUCCACCUCUUGGAUAAUCUGACCUGAAGCAUAGUCCAGGAGCAGAGUUAGCCAGAAAUGCCUCCUGCUGCCCCAGCCUUAGAGAGCUCCCAUCUCAAAGGAAUCAUUGAGCCUGAAGGCUUCAAGCCCAAGAAUGCACCAAGACCCCCAGCCUACGUUUCUCAGCUCCCUGGAGCCAGCUGAUCCUGUAACGCUGCUGGAGGUCAGUCUGAGCUACCAAGACUGUCCCUAGACAAAGAUGGAGUCCCCCACACUGCCCAAGACCAAAUCCCUCACUCAACCUGCUGAGAUGUGGAUGGGGAAACGGAGGCAAAACUGAGGCACCCAAUGCAUUCAGCCUGCUGUGCAGUAGUGCCAUUGACUGCCCUGGUGUUCAGACAGAAAAGCACACAAGGUUUGCCCAUGAGAAUUGGGGAACAGAUGGCCAAGCAGAUAGGUUAUGUCUGUUUUCUGAGUGGUGAAGUCAGGAAGCCCUGUGGCUCUGGAGGCCACUUGCAGUUCAUUCUUUUCCCAUAUCCUUGGCUUUUAGAAAUGGUUACCUUCAGGACAGUGCAGCUGCAUUUAUCAGAGCACUGUUGCUAAGUUUUCUUUUCUGGCUUGUGUUUGUCUGGGACAGUUUAGAAUUGGGAGGCCUAUUCUCAUAGAAAACCAAAAAUGAUGUUCAAUGAUUCAUUUAACAUACACCAAUGUACUCUGGCUGCUGGGGGGACAACCAUAAGCAAGACAUGCCCAGGGUUUGCCGUGGCUCCAGAUCUACUCCCUGUAGGAGUUCAAGGAUCACACAAAAUGUAGUAACCAGGGUUGUGAAUCUGAAUACACCCUGGCGAGGCUUCUCUUCAGACUGAAGCAGCAAUUCUGCCACUACCAGCAGCAACCAGGACGUCUGUUCUUUGUGGGGGCCAGAUCAGAAGAGAGAGGCCCCUAUGACGCCCGGGCUGCUUGGUCACAACUCUGUCCAACUCAAGGAAGUUUAUCGGCCUCUCUUAGACCACUGAGUGAGACAAAUACAGAAAUGACCCAUUCCCUGCCCACCAGAAACUCAGAGGUGAUUGGGGAGACAGACACAGGAAAACGAACUUAAUCAAGAGAGACUGUGAUAUGUGCUAAGAAGGGUGUGAGGGAGGAAGAGAUGAAUUUUCCCUGGAGGGAUCCUAGAAAGCAUUGUCAUAUUGCCAUCUCCAUUAGCCCACUUUUAAACAACUAGAGUGCUGGAAGAACCUUUGUCUGAGGGUAGUUCAUAGCUGGAAAUACUUGGAAUAUUUUCCAGAGUCUAAACUCUCAUCUUCCCCCACAGAUACACAUCCAAGCUUACAAAUAGGAGUAGCAAUUCUAGGUGGUAGGGUUGUGUACAGGAACCCCUGGCUGUCUGCAUAUAUCUCAGAAUUACCCCAGGACCACUGUCCCAAAGUCUAGAGUCUUUACAGGUAGGCAAAAUUUGUUUUCAAUGCCUGUGCCUCAGCUGCUGUCACAAAUAUCCAUCUUAGGAUCCCACCAGCUUCCCAUCCCCCACCAGACAGCCACAGUACCCUCACUUUCUCCCUAUUGUUCUUUCAAAUCCUGUUCUCAGGAAAGAAACUGCCACUAAUUCAUUCACACUAAGGUGUAAAUGAUUGAUAAUAGGAAUGAGUUACCUCUUCCCACAGACAUUUGUUUUUAAGUAUGACAGAGCAGGGCCUUAAUCCCAAGGGAAAAGGUUAUGGAACUGGAGGGGGUGAGCUUUCUGGGUAGAAGGAGACUUCCUGAUUUUCCUUAAAACCCAGUAAGAGUAAGACCUCUUGCUUUGGAAGGUCUGCUCCACCAUCUGAGAGCACUGUUUUUUUGGGUUUUUUUUUUUUUUUUUUUUUUUACUGUCUCUGAGGGAAUAUAGUAAAAAUGCAUAUGCACGUGCAAUUCGCACGGCAGCAUUUCACUGAUUUUGGAAUAUAUUGGCUAAUGUGUUUCCUGGUCUUUAGAUGCAAACCAUUAAUAACACUAUCUUAUCUAAUAGUUUUUUCAGGGGUGCUUCUUGAUUAGUAGGUAAUUUGGAACACCUCUUUAAAUACAGCUAGAAAAUAAAACCAAUUUGUAAAGCCACAUUUGCAUAUGAUGCCAGCCUCACGCAUUUGUAUAUCUCCAGAAAUUCAGGUAUGCCUCACCAAUUUGCCCGUCUUUAAUAAAAUCUUGUGUUAAAAUUUGCAUCACGUCGCCUUCCUAUGUAUGAUGAAACAAGAAACAGAUUUCCAAUUGCUCUUUUGUCUUCAGACAUUUAGUAAUAUAAAGUACCUAUUUUUAUGCUGAAAUGUUUAUACUGGUUUAUUAAUAGCAAGUGCAACUAAUUGGCGGCAUGCCUUGCAACACAUUUUGAUAUAUUAGCCAUGCUUCCGGGUAAAGGCAAGCCCCAAACUCCUUAUCUUUUGCAGUCUCUCUGGGAUCAGUAAAAGAAAAAAAAAAAAAUGUGCUUAAGAAGUGGGACUGUAAAUAUGUAUAUUUAACUUUGUAUAGCCCAUGUACCUACCUUGUAUAGAAAAAUAAUUUUAAAAAUUUGAAUGGAAGGGGGUGAAGGAACUCAUGAAGUUUUUUUGCAUUUUUAUUUAAAUGAAGGAAUUCCAAAUAACUCACCUACAGAUUUUUAGCACAAAAAUAGCCAUUGUAAAGUGUUAAAAUUUACGAUAAGUAUUCUAUUGGGGAGGGAAGGUAACUAUGAUCUCAGUUACAGUUUUUUUUUUUCCUUUUUAAUUUCAUUAUUUUGGGUUUUUGGUUUUUGCAGUCCUAUUUAUCUGCAGUCGUAUUAAGUCCUAUUGCUAGAAUAGGUUACUACAAAAAAGAUUAUAUUCUGAAAGAAAAAUAACUGACAUUAUAUAUAACCAAUUAAUUUAAAGUAUUGCCAUUUAAAUUACACACUGAGAGCAUGUCCUGUGCAGACAUAGAUUUUUCUGUUCAUUUAUUUUUCUUCAUUGCAGUGGAUUGAUUUGAUAAAUAGAUGUGUUGAAUUACUACAUUUGCUGUACAUACUAUUUAAUAAACCUUAUUCAGAAUUGCGUGGCA